ACACUCAAUCCCCGGGACUUCCUAUGGGACUGAACUCUCCCUGUCCCCACUCACGCUGGCGGGACCUGGAAGCUCCUCCCGCGCCCCAGAGAAACAGAACUGGCACCCUCAGUCCUCACAGGCUGGCAGCCUGCAGGCGGCCAUCCUUUGGGCUCCCCACAUUUCCCGGGGUCCCCAUCAGCAUCAAGGACCUGCCAGCCUGAGAAGUUUCCUGCCACAGGGUCACCAAGGGGCCACCUGCCCCUGUACUGCCAGCCUUCACCAUGCAGGAGACCGUAACGCCAACAUCACUGUCGGUGCCCAGCCGGUCCUCAGCCUCCAUCCAGGAACGUUCCUCCACUGCAGGCCAAGGCACCAGCUCAGCCCCACCAUCCUUGAAGCCCUCAGUCAUGGCACCCCCCGUGAAAUCCAAGGGCCCAGGAAAACGUCAGAUGCGUCGGAUCAUUGCGGAGGACGCCGAGUGGUCACUGGCCAUCGUCCCCCUGCUCACAGAGCUUUGCAUUCAGCAUAUCGUCAAGAACUUUCAGAACAAUCCUAUCCUGAAUCAGCUGCUCCCACAGCACAAGCAGAAGGUCCUGAGCUGCCUGUCUCCGGACCUGCCGCUGACCGUGACCGCCAACUUGAUAGAGGAUGAGAACUACUGGCGCCGCUGCUGCACGCGCCGCUGGCCGGUGCACCACGUGGCCAAGCACGGCGGCAGCUGGAAGCGGAUGUUCUUCGAGCGGCACCUGGAGAACCUGCUAAAGCACUUCAUCCCCGGCACCACGGACCCCGCCGUGAUCCUCGACCUGCUGCCGCUCUGCAGGAACUACGUGCGCAGUAUCCAGUUGGAUCAGUUCCUCCCGCCCGUGCGGCUGCCGCCGCCGCCCCGGAACGCGGAGCCUUCGGACUCGGGCAGCGAGGGAGAGGCGGAGGAGCUCACCAUGGACCACUACCAGCUGGGCGACCUGGUGGCUGGCUUGAGCCACCUGGAGGAGCUGGACCUGGUGUACGGAGUCAAGGACUGUGGCAUGAACUUCGAGUGGAACCUCUUCCUCUUCACCUUCCGGGACUGCCACUCCCUGGCCGCCACCAUCAAGGCAUGCCAGACCCUCAAGAUCUUCAGGCUGACCCGAAGCAAGGUGGACGACGACAAGGCACGCAUUCUAAUCCGCAGCCUCCUGGACCACCCGGCCCUCGAGGAGCUGGAUCUGUCACACAACCUCAUUGGGGACCGUGGAGUGCGUGCCGCUGCCAAGCUGCUGAGCCACAGCCGCCUGCGUGUGCUCAACCUGGCUAACAACCAGGUGCGUGCACCCGGUGCCCAGUCACUGGCUCAUGCCCUGGCACACAACACCAACCUUCUCUCCCUCAACCUGCGCCUCAACUGCAUCGAGGAUGAGGGUGGGCAGGCACUGGCCCAUGCCCUGCAGACCAACAAGUGCCUCACCACGCUGCAUCUCGGUGGCAAUGAGCUGUCAGAGCCCACUGCCAUGCUCCUCUCCCAGGUGCUCUCCAUCAACACCACGCUCACCAGCAUCAACUUGUCCUGCAACCACAUAGGACUGGAUGGCGGGAAGCAGCUCCUGGAAGGCAUGUCAGAGAACAGGACCCUCCUGGAGUUUGACCUGCGCCUGUCAGAUGUGGCCCAGGAGAGCGAGUACCUCAUGGGCAAGGUCCUCCAUGCCAACCGUGAAGCCGCCCGCCAGCAGGCCCUGAACCCCAGCCCUUUCAUGUCGCCCAUCACUGCCAGUGGCCCUGAGAACCCUGUGGGAUAAGCUGGGGGGCGGGACAGGGUCCCUGCCCCAGGCCCAUCACUCCUUUCAUCUCCCUGCCAGGCUUGCUUGCAGUCUCACACUAUUCCAAAGGAAGGGGGGAGACCAUGAAUAUCCUUGGGGUGAGUGAUCAAAGACUUGUGUGGAUAAAGAUGUGAGGAGGGGAAAAGGUCCUGGGGUGAGGGGAGUAGGGCUUAAGAAGUGGGGACCCAGUCCCUGCCCCCUCCUCCACCCCCCAGAAAUGUUCAACUUCUUCCAGGAAUAGGGAAGGGAAGGAGAGCGGAGGGAGUGGGCCUGACCAGACUACUCCCAUGGGGACUGCCCAUUCUCUGAGCCCCUCCCCAUCAUUUUCCUCUCUACUGAACAGAUCCUUGAUUCCUCCGGCUCUAGCAGAGCCUUCCACCCCAGAGGGCUUCUCAUGUUCACGUGGGACUGGGCUGGGUGGAGGCAGUGCCGUGCCACCAAGGAGUCAGUGAGACAUCCACAACUUUAUUAUCCACCAGUUUGAUUUGUACAAUCUUUGCGCUUAGAAAUCCACGACAGAAAGGCCACAGUGUGAUGCACCCAAUCGACAGAGAGACCUGUCUCCUUCCCAGCCCACCCCACAAGCCUUCGACCCUGGGACACAUGGGGCCUUCCAGAUACCUCCCUCUCAUGAGU